AUGCGCGUCACUAUCCGCUCGGCAUGGCUGGCUAUCGCAGCCUUGGCAGUAGCAGCAUCAGCAACUCCAAUGGAACUGACAAAUCGCCAAUCGACGGUGAAGAUCAUGACUCUCGGCGAUUCGAUCACCGGUAGCCCAGGCUGCUGGCGGGCUUACCUCUGGCAAAACCUCCAAGAAGCCGGUAUCAAGAACACCGACUUUGUAGGCAGUCUGGCUGGCCAGGGCUGUGGCUUUCCAUACGACGGAGAGAACGAGGGACAUGUAAGCUCAGCAUCACGCACCCAUUGCACCGCUGAUCCGGAACGGCAGGGUGGCUUUCUAGCAGUGAACAUCGCGAACCAGAACCAGCUUCCCGGUUGGCUCUCAUCCGCCAAACCCGACAUCGUCAUGAUGCACCUCGGUACGAACGACUUGUGGAGCAACCGCUCGCCCCAAGAGAUCACCACCGCAUUCAGCAAGCUCGUAGACCAGAUGCGCGCCUCGAAGCCUACGAUGAAAGUCCUUGCCGCGAAGAUCAUUCCCAUGAAUCCGUCGAACUGCGCUGAGUGUGGGCAACGUGUGGUUGCUCUGAAUACUGCGAUUGAAGCAUGGGUUGCUACCAAGACGACUGCGACCAGCCCCAUCACGGUUGUAGACGCUUGGACUGGGUUCGAUACGAAGACUAUGACCGGCGAUGGCGUUCAUCCGAAUGAUGCGGGUAACAAGAAGCUGGCCAAAGCGUGGUUUCAGCCAUUGGCGGAUGCCAUCAAAGGCUGA